AUGCCUUUAUCCAAACGCCGUAGCAGAUCCGAAAUGUCCUUGGACUUUCUCCAAGAUUUCGGGACGCCAGAUAAAGAAGAUAAAGAUUCCACUGACCAUGCUGACGAACAAAAUAAAAACGUCAGCAACAAGCAAGCCUCUAGCAAAUCAGAACCGCCACAAAUUUUCAUCGAGAAUACGCCUUUAAACGAUGUUGACGAUGACGAUGGAAACUUACCCAAAAUUCACCGCGCAGUAUCGGAAGGAAAUUUGGAACUUCUCAAAGAGCUUGUUGAGAGCGGUGAUGCAGAUGUAAAUACUCCUGAUGCCGAUGGAUGGCCACCGCUGUACACUGCUAUCAGGAAAGGAAAGCUUGAAUGUGCUUCAUAUCUGCUGAAGAGAGGAGCUUCCGAUUUUUAUGACAGACAGUACGAAGAAUACCAAAGAAGGUUGGCGCUGUCUAGGACGAGAACCCAUUCUUUGAAGUGA